AUCAACACUGUGCAACUGGCGAGGCCGUUGGGGAGGCCAUCCCCGUGCGUGCCUUGCUGCCCAGAAACUUAUAGACUUUAAGUGCUAAGACCUCAAUUUGUAUUAGAAAAGCGGAAGAAAUACUGUGAAAGUUUGAAAUACCUUAAAUCAUCCAAAACUAAGGCAUACAUAAUGAAACAACUCUUAGUAUUUAUACAGAAAGAGGACAUGUACUUAUAGGCAACAUUAUAAUAUCAGGAUUUGACCCCGUUGACAAUGUCUCUGUCAAGUCGACAAACAGCUAUUGUUAACCCUCCACCACCAGAAUAUAUAAAUACUAAGAAGAAUGGGCGAUUGACAAAUCAACUGCAGUAUCUACAAAAAGUUGUCCUGAAGGCUUUAUGGAAGCAUAGUUUUUCCUGGCCUUUUCAGCAGCCUGUGGAUGCUGUGAAACUAAAGUUGCCAGAUUAUUACACCAUUAUAAAGACCCCAAUGGAUUUAAAUACAAUUAAGAAGCGCUUAGAACAUAAGUAUUAUGUGAAGGCUUCAGAAUGUAUAGCAGACUUCAACAUAAUGUUCUCAAAUUGUUAUUUAUACAACAAGCCUGGAGAUGACAUUGUUCUUAUGGCACAAGCUCUAGAGAAGUUGUUUAGGCAGAGAUUAUCUCACAUGCCACAAGAAGAACAAAUUGUGGGUGGUAAGGAAAGAAUAAAGAAAGGCAUUCAACAUAAUGUAGCAGUUCCUUCUGUUAAAGAAAAACAAUCCCCCAAAGCACUGGAAAAAGUAUUUAAGCCGCAAGUGAUUCCCUCUGUAUUUCCUGAGACAUCAGUUUCUCCUUCAAACAUGGCACAAGGCACUCCACUCGACUCUACCUCACAAACAGUGGCCCAAGUUACAAGGGGUGUGAAGAGGAAAGCAGAUACCACAACUCCUACAACUUCAGUAGUUAAAGCAAGUGGUGAAUCUUCCCCAACGCUUGCAGAAAAAAAAUCGGUGAAAAUGCCACCUAUAAAAGAAAAUGUGCUGAAGACUGUUCUGCCAGAUUCUCAACAACAAUGUAAAGUUGUAAAGAAUGUUAAAGUGACCGAACAGUUAAGGCACUGUAGUGAGAUUCUUAAAGAAAUGCUUGCAAAGAAACACUUAUCCUAUGCAUGGCCCUUUUAUAACCCUGUUGAUGUUAAUGCUUUGGGGCUCCAUAACUACUAUGAUAUUGUGAAAAAUCCAAUGGAUCUUGGAACUAUUAAGGGAAAAAUGGACAACCAAGAAUAUAAAGAUGCAUAUGAAUUUGCUGCAGAUGUUAGAUUAAUGUUCAUGAAUUGCUACAAAUACAAUCCUCCAGAUCAUGAAAUAGUGACAAUGGCAAGAAUGCUCCAGGAUGUUUUUGAAAUGCAUUUUGCGAAAAUCCCAGAUGAACCUGUUGAGAGUAUGCCUGUCUGCUCCGUCAAAACAGAUACCACAAAAAUCCUUGGUAGAGAAAGCAGUAGUGAAGCUUCCUCCGAAGAUAACUCUUCUGAUGAUUCUGAAGAUGAACGAGUUCAACGUCUUGCAAAGCUUCAGGAGCAGCUGAAAGCUGUUCAUCAACAGCUACAGGUUCUCUCCCAAGUCCCUCUCUGUAAGCUAAAGAAAAAGAAUAAGUCUAAAAGGGAAAAGAAGAAAGAAAAGGCUAAUAACAGAGAUGAAAAUCCAAGAAAAAAGUUUAAGCAAGUGAAAUUAAAGGGAAAGUCCAAAAACAAUCAGCCAAAGAAGAGGAAACAACAGGUGUUUGCUCUGAAACCUGAAGAUGAGGCUAAUGCUAAGCCUAUGAACUAUGAUGAGAAAAGGCAGCUAAGCUUGGAUAUAAACAAACUCCCUGGAGAAAAACUUGGGCGAGUUGUUCAUAUAAUACAAUCAAGAGAGACUUCUCUGAGAAAUUCCAACCGUGACGAGGUAGAGAUAGACUUUGAAACACUGAAAGCAUCAACACUGAGAGAACUAGAAAAGUAUGUUGCCACAUGUCUACGAAAAAGACCGCUAAAACCUCAUGGUAAGAAAAUAACGAAGUCCAAGGAAGAAUUUCAUUCACAGAAAAAACAGGAGUUGGAAAAGCGGUUACUAGAUGUCAAUAAUCAAUUAAACUCUAGAAAAUGUCAAACAAAACCUGAGAAAGCUCAGCCCCCCCCGGCUGUUGGAAGUGGUUCCCGGCUGAGCGAGAGCAGCAGCAGCGGCAGCUCAUCGGAGACCGAGAGCAGUAGCAGCGAUUCAGGCUCGUCCGACAGCAGUGAUUCUGAAUCAGAAAUGUUUCCUAAAUUUACUGGAGUAAAACAGAAUGAUUCUCCUAAAGAACAAGUAAAGAUACAGUCUUCUAUGCAAGAUAAAGCAUCUGCAAAAACCACCCUUGUUUGUCAGACUUCAUAUUCAUGUGAAACACCACCAAAUCACCACCAGUUACCAUUUAAUCAUCAAGAAGUAGAACAUUUACAGAGUGUGAAAAACAUUUCACCUUUACAAAUUCUGCCUCCCUCAGAUGUGUAUUUUACAGAUUAAGUAUCAUUUGAGCUGGAUUUUGGAGGAAGAAGUAAG